UGCAUUCCUCUCUUUGUUCAACUUGUUUUGGAGAGAUUAACUCGAGGGGUCAAAACUCGUGAACUCUGUAUGAUGUGUCUUCAGGUUGCAGUUGCUUCCUUGUACUAUAAUCCUGGUUUGCUGCUACAUACUUUAGACCGAAUUCAGUUGCCUCACAAUCCUGGAACUAUCACUGUACAGUUUAUAAACCAGUGGAUGAACAAUACAGAUUAUUUUAUUGGGCAUCAUGAUUGGAAGAUGUGUAUAAUAAGACUGAGUAUCCUUUUUGAAUUGCAAAAUCGACCUCCUGCAGUAGAUGCUGUUGUGGGACAGAUUGUCCCUUUGAUACUUUUCCUUUUCCUUGGCCUAAAGCAGGUCUGUGCCACUAGGCAACUGGUAAACCGGGAAGAUCGCUCAAAAGCAGAGAAAGUUGACAUAGAAGAAGAUGGUAAAGUCUUCUAUGGUGCUAGAAUUGAUUGUGAUUUGAGCAUUGUUUUCUUUGACUUUUAGUCUGUUUGGCUUCAUUAAACAGAUUUACAUUCUUUGGCUUGCUGAACA